UAACAAGUGAGGUCAUGCUUUCUUUGUUACUCAUUUUUUUCUGUUAAGCAUUUUAAUGCACUGAUAUGAAAUAAAUGAAUGUUAACAAAUAGUCUAAGCAACGUUACUUUGGAUUAUUUGUCAGACUUGACCCAUAACUAAAUGUUGUGAUGUACAUGCAGAAGCAAAUCUUUAAAUCCUGUCAGAAAAUUCACAAUUUACUGUUGUAUAUUUUUAGCCCAAAACUGACAUCCACACAUUAUUGUUUUCAUGUCCUCUUCUUACCUCAGUUAUUGUAUUUAUUAUCCCUACAACUGUCUAGCUGUCAGAUCUCCCAAUGUGGCCAGCGUGCAAGUUCCUAGAAAUCCUCUAAAACCAACAAGGCUGUAAAACCAGCUAAUAUUGGAAAGCCUUUUGGGCGUUUUUUUUUUGUUGUUGUUUUUUUUCAGCAGGGAAUAUAAAUAUUCAGUUUCAGAGGGAGGGCGUUUACAGAGAGAGGGAUACGAACUCUUCCUACAUCGACGGCAACCAUUUAAGGAGGGCGCUGAAGAAGAGGACCACAAAGAGAACACUUCCACAAUGAAGAACCAAAGCAGAGUUCUGAGUGUUAUUCUGCCCAAUAACAAAGAACUGAGCAUGACUGUUGGUCUUAAAGACAGAGGUCAAGACGUGUUCAACCAGUUGUCUGAGCUCCUCUGCACCUCAGAUCUUCCCCUCUUUGGUCUGAGUGUGGUAAAGGACAAUCAACCCCUGUUCUUGGACCUAGAGCAAAAAUUGUCCUUGUACCUCCCAAAGUCCUGGAGAAAGAAUACAUCAAAGGAGAAAGUGAUUCUCUUCCUGAAAGUGCAGUAUUUUGUAAAAAAUGUUCAACUGAUUUUAAACAGUGAAGCCCGUAAGUUGUAUUAUGCUGAGCUAAAAGGGAGAGUUUUGAGAUCUGAGCGCUUUGAGCAAGAAGGAUUGUACUUCCAGCUGGCUGCCUUUGCCCUUCAAGCUGAUCUGGGAGAUUGCGAAAAACGCAACUUUGCAUACUUCAGCCCGCAGGGAUUUUUCCCUUUUUGGAUCGUACAGAAGCAUGGGAAUGAUUAUAUCCUGAAGCACACCCCAGCCCUGCACAGAGAGCUUAAAGGAAUGUCAUCCAGCGAGGCUGCCUUGCUUUUCAUACAGGAAUCAUUUACAUUGAGCGAUGUGCCUCUCACCAUCUACAGAUUGUCCAAAGAAAAGAAUAAACCACAAGAUUGUGUUCUCAUGGGUGUGGCAUCCACAGGACUUCAGAUCUCUGAGGCGCCGAAUGGAGAACAGAAGUUUGUGUAUGAUUUGCCAUGGCCAUCUAUCCAAUCCAUUACCUUUCAGGGGAGGAAGUUUACCAUUUAUGCAAAUGGGUUGCAUGAGAAAAAGCAGGUGCUCUAUAGUCUGUCUGUCCUUCAUUCCAAAAACCUGCUGCAGCACAUAAGCAACAGUCACCAACUGCAUCUCAUCACAAAGCCCUUGGUCACGAGGCUCGAGGAAAAAAACGGGAGACACCGAGAGAUGUACAUCACAGAUGGAGCUGAUCUGGACACGGAGGACAGUGAUGAUGAGCUUCCACCAAUGAAGUUCCUCUUAGACGAUGUCCAGAAGCAAAUCACUGGCACCACUGAAUGUAGAAAUGCCACCGAGAUGAGUGUUGAUGAGCCAGAAGAAAUGUUGGUAGAUGGCCCUGAAGAAGUUCUGCGUUUAAUUGAGCUGUCGGAGGGAGUAUCAGUGGAUGGUCCUUUAUUUCUGCCAAUUUCUCACUGGAAAGAUCUUACAGUGGAAAUACAUCAUUUAGACAUCUGCUAGGAGAGACUGACAUCAUGUUCUCUUACAGUAAACCAAGAAGUGGCAAGCAGUCCUGGUCAAACAGCUUUGGAAUGUAAUGCUUUGAAUGCACAUUGUGAAACGUAAUGACACAUACAUAUCUGAAUGGGUGACUUUUUGAUCACUGGUAUUUACCAGUGAUUCCAAUAGAGAAGUUGCAUAGACCGAGUAUGGGAAUGCUGAUUAAACAUUGCUAACUUUUAACAUUCAAACAGAAGGAUAUAAACACCUUUAUAUUCAGGAUAACUUUAUUACUGUGCCGUGGUGUCACGGUUUAUAUGAGUCAUCAGUGAUUUGCAUUGUGCUACAAGCAGAAUGGUUAUGAUGCAUGUCACAACAUUGUAUCUUAAGAAAAAAAGGCUGGGCACACUGAAGAGGUGGGCAGGCAGUCUUCACAUCCUUUGCAUUCAUUCAUAUUCUCAUUCAGUCAUGAUGCAGCCUCCAGUCUCUGGUGCAUUGGUGAGUUAUUUUCUUUGCAUGCUCUGUUCAUCAGUUAUUUAUUAACACCCAAAGGGGUUGUCAUUUUACAGACUUAAUCUAAGUUUGAAUGAAAGUUCAUGUUGAGAUGAAAGCUUGGAUUGCAUCUUCACACGAAAUAAGGAAAUGUCUAUUUGCAUGUGCAUUUUGACAAUCGUAAGUGGUUUUUAUUCUCUAAACUGAAAUCUAAGUGUUAUCUGAUCUUGAGUCAGCGAGGAUAAUAGAUUGUAGCGAUCCGUGGUUUUGGCCAGUUUACAGCCAUUUAGUCAUUUUAUAAGAAUUUGUUUUUUUUUGGCUUGGAGAACACGUGUUGUCUGGUCAAAUUUUGUAGUAGAAUCGGUGGAGUAUGAAAGCAAAGUUCUUCAAAAACAUCGGUUUUGUUCCACAAAAGUGAAAAAAAAAAAAAAAAAAUCAUACAGGUUUUGGAACAUAAGAGUGAGUUGUUAAAUUAUUAUCACCCUUGAGCUAUGCAAGUGUUCUCUUGAUGUUCAUUGAUAUCGGAAAGAAGUCACUACUUCCUGUUACUGUUAUUUUCUGUUAAAUAAUUUUGUAGUAAACCUGAGCACUGUUUAUUCUU